ACCCAAAGAGAAACAAAGCCUCGAAUGGAUUCAAUGAGGACACAGCCAGCAGCUAAUCGUGUCUACGUAGACUUUGAACCCCCAUAUGAAUGGGUCAAAAAUGAAAGGCUUUUCACUGUCUUCCUCCCAGGUUAUAGAAGGGAUCAAUUGAAGGUUCAAGUGACCUCAAAACCUGGUUUAAGGCUAAUGGGUGAACGACUAAUCACUGCGAACAGAUGGCAUCGUUUUAAUUUAGAAUUUCCCAUUCCCUCGGAUUAUGACGCCGACGACGUGAUUGCCAAGUUCGAGGAUGGUAAGCUAUUAGUCAGAUUCGGUCAAUUGACGAAGCCUAGGGAAACACUGGAAGAAGCACCAAGGCCUAAAGAACCAUCACCAAAGGUUGAUCAGCAAAAGGGUGCCCAAGAAGAUACUCCAAAAGCAGAAACAAGGACUAACGGCGAAGUUUCUGAGCAAAAGACACCACAGAAGGUGGUGGAGCAAGUCAAUGAAACGGAGAAGGGUAAAACUGAAACAACAGAUAGUACAGGCAAAGCAGCUCAGGAAGCCAGAACCAAUGGCUUAACUGAGACAGAAGCAGCAGCAACCUCCAAAGCUCCUAAAACCAAGGCUGUUACAAGAUCCAAAACUAGGCUAAUUGGUUUCUCUCCUAGUUUUAGACCAUCUAACAAGUGGAAGAAAUUGGUGAAAUGGGUGGUGCUAAUCUUGUUGGUUGUGGGACUUGGGAUUUAUGCUAGAAAUACAUUCAGAUUAUCCCAUGGUGAAUCAAACUUCCAAGAGCUGUGA